AUGAAGCGCUACGCCAUCGUGGGGACGCCCACACCGGGCGAUGGCUGGUCGUCAUAUUUCGAUUCAUGGCGUACAGAGGACACUCAAGUGCCUACUUACAGUGAACCGGUGAUUGUGGACGAUGAGUCGCACCCCGAUCUGAGUGACCUUCGAUUCAACAUGGAUAUGGAGGUCGAUUGGACGAUGGACAUGCAAUCACCCUAUGUCGGUGCCGCGAUGCACAGCAACGGCCACAACUUGAACUUGAAUGGAAAGACGAGAUUAAAUGUUGCUCAUCCCGACCAUCAACGGCAUGGAUUGCAGCGGCAUGACGUCGACGCAUGGCAACGACCGUGGCUGGUGCAGCCCAAUGACGACGUUUUGGGCCCCCUGCAUCAGAUUCAGAUAGGCGCGGGCGUUCCAGGGAGCACAGACCCGCGGAGGGGCAGGGGCACUGGCACUGGCACUGGGAAGCAUGCCUAUGAUGCUCGAAGUCAAGCCCAGGUCCCCGCCCAGGUCCAAGCCCAAGGCCAAAACCAAGCACCAGCCAACACUCACCCCCAUUCCGGCUUGGGUGUUAGGCGGGCGUUGAAAGUCAAGGUCAGUAACUGCCCCCACCAUUGCCCACCAUUUGCAUCAUUAUUCCCCGUCCAUGGCAUCACUGCACCUCAUGGUUUCUUGGUCCUUCUCUUCCCUGCCUUGCCUGCACUCUAUCUGGUUUCCGGUUUUCACUUUCGACAAACUUGGUCCUCCCUGCAGCUCAAUACAGAUGCAUGUGGUGUAAGUGAGAGCUUGAAGCUUCAAAAAAAGAACAGAGUUCCCUCCAACUACACACUCGACCAACAACCACUUACAGUUACUGGAAUCGCUUGCAGUGGGCUUAUUCAGCUUCACCUACGCACCUCAUAA